CUGCGCGUAAAAGUAUCUAUUUAUCUCAAAUAGCUAGUUUACCCAUGCGAUAGCCUACCAUAGUCAGUUCAUUUCAACUUCUAUUUUUGUAAAAUCAAAUACUCUAUUAGGGCUGUGUUUAGGCUACGCAUUAUUAAAUACCUGGCCAGGUAAUAUCAACUUUAUUGUAGUCCGUAGUUAAACACAGGCAAAUCGGCCGUGUUCCUUUAAUAAUUGUCCUGGCGACCAAAUAGGUGUGGCAUCUCCGACAGGUGUAUUUGACAGGCAAAUAAAACAACACGGAAAGGAUGAGACAACACAGAAAACAGACCUGUCAAGAAUUGCUUCGAUGAUCGCACCCAACAAAUAUAAAAGAUGAAAGAAGACUAAAUACGACCGCUAUUCUACGGGAUAUCUGCGAACAUGAACUGGGGGUUUCUGGAGAACAUUUUGAGCGGGGUGAACAAGUACUCCACGGUGAUCGGUCGCAUAUGGCUCUCCAUAGUUUUCAUCUUCCGCAUCCUGGUGUACGUAGCAGCUGCGGAGCAGGUGUGGAAGGACGAGAACAAGGACUUUGUGUGCAACACGCAGCAGCCGGGCUGCGAGAAUGUGUGCUUUGACCACUUCUUCCCCAUCUCCCAAGUGCGUCUGUGGGCCCUGCAGCUCAUCGUCGUGUCCACACCCUCCCUGCUGGUGGCGCUGCACGUGGCCUACCGCGAGCACAGGGAGAAACGGCACGGGAAGAAGCUCUACGAGGACAAGGGCAGCAUAGACGGCGGUCUGCUCUGCACCUACCUGCUCAGCCUCGCCUUCAAGACCAGUUUCGAGGUGGGGUCCCUGCUGGCCUUCUACUUCCUCUACAGCGGCUUCGACGUCCCCCGGCUCCUGCAGUGCAGCCUGAGUCCCUGCCCCAACACGGUGGACUGCUACAUCUCCAAAGCCACGGAGAAGAAGGUCUUCCUCUACAUCAUGGGGUGCACCUCUGUCCUGUGCAUCGUGCUGAACCUCUGCGAGACGGCCUACAUCGUGUCCACGCAGUGCUGGAAGUGCUUCAGCAAGCGUUACGUCCCCAUCGAGGAGAGGGUGCACUGCCGCUGUCACCCUCCACCUGCCAGUGUUGCCACAGCAGUGCCACCAAACUUUAAACCACCACGCAAAGACAUGGAAAACUCAUGCCUUCCACAAGCCACAAAGGACAGUCCAACAGCUGUCUCUUAAUAAGUCAAUGUAACUUAAGUCCUCCGCUUUCUAGUGUCUGCAAUUUAUAUUUAUUUAAAUAUUUAAUAUUUAUUUCUAGAUCUCAAGGUUGCACUACAUAUCCUUAAGCUAUACUAAUAUUUAUCAAACAUCUAUCAUUUCAUUAUUAUGAGUAAUUAUGUUCUCUGAUGACUGUUCAUUCAGGUUAAUGCAAUAAACGAGUGUACAGUUCCAUGAAACACAGAACUCCACAGGGCCGGCCCGUGGCAUAAACGCUCUAUGCGGUUGUUUAGGGCCACAACCGCUAAGGGGGCCACAUGACCCCGAGGGGGGGGGGGGGUCACACGAAUGUUUAUCUAAGGUAAAUAACGUUUUUUUGUAAUUACAUUAUUCAUCCCCUAUCGUGGAAUUAGCGGUAUAAAUUUAAAAUGGAAUGGCAACAGAACAUUGCAUAACAAAGGGAUUUUACCAAGAGAGCACGCCCCCCCCCCCCCAACUCACGGAAUUGUUUAGGGCCACCAAAAUCCUAGGGCCGGCCCUGGAACUCCAUUCUGCAAAUCUAAUGAAAACCUGGUAUUUAAAAUUUUUUAAAUUCAACAAAGUGCUCAAUGUGCAAAAUGUCCAAGAGCACAGAGGUAUACUUAGUUUCUGUCAAUUUAGAUGAUCAUCCGUAUUCACCAAUUAACCUUUUUGUACGCUCUUACCACUUUAAAGUCAGUUUUAACAGUUCUUGAUAUCGCUGUCAUAGAGAUUUGUCCACAGAGAUUGUAUUUGGCAGUGCAAAUGUACGUUUUGCCAAUAAAGCACUUUGAUUCAGCA